UGGCAAUAUAGUGUAAUUUAACCAUCUCCCACCUGCCAUAUAAGGCAAUGAGGGGCGCAAGUCAUGUGAUCAGCUGUCUCCAAUCACAGCUGAUCGCAUGUAAAUAGGGAAAUGCCAGUUAUCGGUGCCUACCAGUGCACAACAAUGCCACAUAUCAGUGCCCAUCUGAGCUGCCUUUCAGUAUCACUGCCAGUCAGUGCUACCUAUCAGUGCUGCCAGUCAGUGCCGCCUAACAGUGCCAGUCAGUGCCACCUAACAGUGCCAGUCAGUGACGCCUAUCAGUGCCAGUCAGUGAUGCCUAUC